AUGCGACGCACACCUCCACCGACGGGACAGAUUCUCCCUGGUAAUGUCUCCCCUGUGGACGGCGUGCAACGAUUUUACCGUGACUUCUUUCCUCAACUCACACCUUACCUCAACAUCCGCCACGCCAACGACCAUAUCAAACUUGACCGAAUCCUUGCUACUGUCAUCAACACCAAGUUUAACCCCCAUGUCAGCAAUAUCGUCGUCUACCUCAGUGCGCAUGCCGCAUUCUCCGUACUAGACACUAUCGACGCUAUCGCCGGCUGCAACGAUUGUUACGCCACCAACACCGCCGCCCAAGCUGACCUUUCUCGUAUCCGACACGAACGUAAUACACCUGUUCACGAACGCGACACCGCCAUCAAUGAACGUGACACACUACACGCCGAUAGCAUCACACAAUCCAAGACAAUUGCAACUAUAACUGCUGACAUCAACGGACUCCCUCAUGAACGCAACACUAUCAUCACAGAACUUAAUCUUACUAUCGUAUACUGCAAACAACACGUCAUCGAACACCAUCGCUUGCCGCUGACCGCGAUCGCAUCAGAACCGAGCAUAGCAGUGUCGUUAUCGAGCGUGACCAAGCACGCUCUGAGUGUAGCCAACAUGCUCUCUCCCGGGAUAAUCUUCCUAGCAAUCUUGAGUACACACGCCACGCUAAAUCGAAUACCACUACUGAACAUGUCUCCCUGA